UUCAGAUGUAUUGCCAAGAUCGUAUGUGAGGUGCAAUACAUCCCGGGUCCUUGACCAUGCUGCAGCGCUACCUAACAUGGUAACAGUCUCUCGGUACACGUUGUUCGACCCCUCCCCCGCGGCAGGUUCGCACAUCCCCACCCAACUCCGAAAGGGCGAAAGGCCGAGAGGGAAGGAAGAGGCGUCUGGUGCGAGUAACCGCAAUCGUUAAAUGACCAACUCGUAGGCACGAAUGUAAAUAUAAGACAACCCGUCACCCCCCUCAGCUGUUCCCGCCAGAGGAAAGCUCACCGGAAUCUUCGACGUUUGUGAGCCGCACCUUGCCUCGGAAAGCGAAACAGAACAAGAUGGCCGCCCAGAAGCAGCAGAUCACCUUUGAAGAGUACCUCGGUGUUACGGAGGCGGCGUUUGAGUGGGCGGACAGCUACGACUCGAAGGACUGGGAACGACUGAGACGGUGCAUCGCCCCCACUCUCCGAAUCGACUACCGCUCGUUCCUCAACAAGCUGUGGGAAGCCAUGCCGGCAGAGGAAUUCAUCGCCAUGAUCUCGGACAAGUCGGUGCUGGGCAACCCGCUGCUGAGGACUCAGCACUUCGUCGGCGGCGCAAGCAAGUGGGAGAAGGUGUCGGAUACGGAGAUCAUCGGGUACCACCAGUUGCGCGUGCCGCACCUGGUCUACACGGACGAGAGCCUGAAGAAUGUCGCAGUCAAGGGCCAUGCGCACGGCUUCAACACGCACUACUACCGCAAAGUCGACGGAGUGUGGAAGUUCGCCGGGCUCAGCCCCACCAUCCGCUGGUUCGAGUACGACUUUGACAAGGUCUUUGCCAGCGGCCGAGACAACUUUGGCGAAUCGCAGUAGUUGGGUUGAUGGGCAUGGUUAUGGUCGUCGCCGUCGAGGCACAAGAAACAUUUCUAGCGGCAAGAGUAGUGCCGUUCGAUCGCGGGGACACCGGGUCGGGUGCAAGUCAAAGUAGGUAGUUGAAAUAGAAACAUGUCGGUUGAGC